CGUGUUUGGAGGACCAAGUGAGGAGAGAGGGAGAGGGGGGGGGGGGGAGGCUAAAUAGUGUCAUUGCAUCUUCUAUCUCUCAAGAGGAAUAAUCAGCAAGGUUCACUUGGCCACUUGAAGUUGUUUAUUGAGAGCCUUGGCUGAGUAGCGCAGAAAUAUUCUGGAAGCAUGUCCGAGAACGACACUGAUAAUUUAGUCAACAGCGGCAAAAAUGAGCCUGGCAAGAGCAAACGGAAUGUUUGCCGAGACUUUCUGCGCAAUGUCUGCACUCGUGGUAAGAAUUGCAGGUACUUCCACCCUGACAAUGUUGAGGCAUCCGACCUUGCCGACAUAAGGAACGACACUGAUAAUUUAGUCAUCAUUACUAAUGACGAAGCUGGCAAAAACAAAUCGUACAUUUGCCGAGACUUUCUGCGCAAUACCUGCAGCCGUGGUAAGAAUUGCAGGUAUUUCCAUCCAGAUGAUAUUGAGCCCUCUGUCCUCGCUGACGUAAGGAACGACAUUGAUAAUUUAGUCAACUUUGGCAAUGAUGAGGCUGACAAAAUCAAUCUGAAUAUUUGCCGAGACUUUCAGCGCAAUCUCUGCAAUCGUGGUAAGAAUUGCAGAUAUUUUCACCCAGAUGAUAUUGAGGUCUCCAACCAUGCUGACCUAAGUGAUGACGCUGAUAAUUUCGUGAAUAAUAGCAAAUUUGAUGCGAGCAAGAGCAAACGGAAUGUUUGUCGUGACUUUCUGCGCAAUGUCUGCACCCGUGGUAAGAAUUGCAGGUAUUUUCACCCGGAUAAUGUUGAAUCCUAUGAUGUAGGUGAUAUGCGGCAUGAGUCUAUCUUUUGUCAGUACUUUCAAAAUAGCAAAUGUACCCGUGAGAACUGCACGUUCAUUCACGGGACAAAGGGUGAAGAGAAUUAUUACAAUAAAACAGGAAAGCUUCCUUCCCACUUACAAAAGACAGUGGCUGUGACAUUUGGGCUCUCGCCCUCCAAUUUGCCUCUUAUUACAAAGGAAGUCCCAUUCUGCCGUGACUUUCUAAAAGGCAAAUGUCGAAGAGGAUCCAAGUGUAAAUUCCAGCACUUGAAACGUGAUGACAAUGAUAAGACAAGUAUAGAAAAUGUGUCACAAAAUAAAGAAGCUUCUCCUGAGAUCUGUAGAUAUGACCGUUUGGAUGACCUGUAUGAGACAGAGAAAUGUGAUGUUGACCAAACUCCAAAAAGGAAAAGAACGGAGGGUCUACGGUUUGAAGUAUUUGAUUACAGCAUCCCCAAUCUGCGUCCAGUUGAAAUGAAUUUUUUGGAGGAGGAAAACCAUAUGCUCAGAAUGCGCAAUGAGGAGCUUAAGAAGCAGGUGUCAAGCCUAAAGAUUACAAAUGAGGUACUUCUGGAGCAAAAUGCUGAUUUACGCAAGCAAGUGAAACUGGGGAUCCUGACCACAGGGACUGACCCAACACAAUCACCAGCUAUGCACGCUGUUACCAAUUAUAAUCAUAGUAUAGUGGAGACUCACACCACCCUGAGCAACCAGGUCGUGAGAUCACAAUCUAUUUCUCAUCAAGAAUUGAUAGCGCAAGCUAGAGCUCAUAAUGCUUUAUGUUCUGAAGCUACAUCCCAAAGUCCACCCUGUCUUAGUGCUGCUCUCUCGACACCUUAUGCCCAAGGGGUGGCUUCACCAGUUUCAAUCACAAUUGCCAUCUCAGUUGCACCAUUGGCAGUGACGCAAUCGCUCCCAGGAAUUGCCAUGAAUUAUACCAUCACUCAAAUGGUCAGUUAUCCAAAUGCAUCACAAAAUAUGAAGUUCCUUUGUCAUGCAGAGGAUAGUUGAGAUUAGAAGUCAUUUAAUUUGAAGCUUUACAAGAGAUUUCUAUUUCUUAAUGGUUCCCAGGGCAAUUGCAAAAAGUGAAUCAAGUAUGAUUGUUAAAGAGGGAGUCUCACCAUCACCAACCCUUUUGCAAAGUCAAAAAUGAAAUGAUGAGAAUUUGUGUUUUCUGUCUCGUUUGUUGCUGUUGAACUCGUCUGGAGAACAGGUUGCGCAGAAUUGUACCUCAGCAGUAGUAGCAAAUGGAAGUUGAAACAUGCUUCAAUUUGCAACCAUAUAUGUCGCAAAUUUAUUUUGGUGGGGGGGAAGAAAGAUUGAAUUGAACUCAAGUUUUUGAAUUCUUUGAAACCUUUUUUUGAUUUGCUCAUGUUGUAAGCUCUGGUGCAAAUGAAAGCAAAGUCUUUGACAGCGCAUUGCAAUUCCCACACCAACUCAAGCUUUCCAACUGCAGCAGCAGUGGGAUAAGGUUUUGUCUGCAAAUAUGGCUGCUUUCUUUUGCUCAUGUAAAAUUGGUUUCAAUCAACAUCAAAACAUCAGCUUUCUAAAAACACUUGUACAUGCGCUUAAAGAGCAUUGUGCCUUUACAACUUUUUUAAUCGCUUUUUUUUAAGACAAGAAAUUAUUAUAAAACUACAAAAAAUUUACCCUCAUUCACACCUUCAUACCACCCAACCAAAAAUAAAAUCCUCUGCUGCUUUGAUUGUCGUCAGAGCAGAAAUUAAAGAAUGCAGAAAAUGACACCAUGGCUCCCUUUUCUCCCUCUUGUUGGAGAACUGUCUUACAGCAUAAAUGCAAUUAGUAUGACAGUUUUACCCACAGAUGGAGGGAAUGCAAACCUAUAACAUAAUGGUGUCUUUGUUUAAAUGUAGCAAUGAGCCAGACAACCAUUUGGGGCUAAUUUCCAUUGAGGGUAUUGGAAGUAAGAUCCCUAAUGCACCUUGGGUUAAUAAGAGCAGCUACUGAUGAUCAUCAAGUUCUUUUCAGAUGUCUUGCUCCAAAAUUUCUCAAAUUUCUCACUCUAAACUACAAAUUGUAUUAAUAAUUUAUAUGAAGCAAAAAAAAAAAACAACUUUAUCUUCUACAAGGUAUACUGAUGGCAAGACUUCCUAUACGUCUGUUAAAUAUAGAAAUCUGCAAAAAUAACUAAUGGAGUGAUGGGCUGUGUCAAAACAGACAAUUCAAAGUGAUAGUGAAUAAACUUUCCCAUCCUCUUAACAUUGUAAGAUUAUUUUUUUUGGUUGAUUACUGAUGUAUUUUAAAACAUUUUUAAACUGAUCCUAUGCCACAAAUUUCUCUUUUUAAUCUGAAAUUACAUUUGGGAUUAUUACUGGGAACAAAAUAGUAAUAUCCCCUACUUUACUAAGUAAAAGUAUUCUGAUCUUUUCAAACAUUUUUGUAACCAGCCCAUAUCUCAGUAAACGUGUGUGGAAACGUUUUUUUAAGAAAGUCAUGUGCGUUUAGUGUUUUCCUAAUUAAACACUCGCUGUGCUUCUCAAGUCUUCAAGUAACAUGUUAUAUUUUUUGCAAAUAGUUUUUCUCUAAUCAUUGCAUUUGUUACUCACACCUUGACUAUAUUUUUUAUUUCAAAGCUGUGCAAGUCCUCUGUAGAUUGGGCUACAAAAAGCAUUUUCAGAAAUAAAAUGAGUACAUGUUCACCAUAAACAGUCACCAAGGAUAUUAAAGUGAAGCAAGAAUAAUUGGGGUGCAAGCUUCGAAAGCAGAGUUAAAUGUAAAUGUAAUACAUACAGAUUUGGUUUGGUGCCUGGAACGUGGAGACUGGGUGUUGGUCAAUAAAUAAGCAGGACCAGAAAAGCAGCAGAAGGUGUGGAGAAACAAUUGCUAGUUUCUUAUAUUUGAUGUAUUAUUGGAAGGUUGAUGCUCAGCACUUGUAAAUUGCCAUGCCGUUUUCUCAUCUGGCUGGGAUGCUCUCUGUCAGAUGCCUCAUUGUACUAGCUCAUUGUAAGUCAGGAUUCGGGGGGGGGGGGGUGUCUGCUGUUUCCUGCGUUCACUAUUGUAACAAUUAAGUUGCAAAACCAAUGAGAGAAAAUAAAUACACAUUCAUACAAAAACUCACUAUAUAGAUGCUAUAUAGUAUAUGUAAACGUGUAUAUAUGUGAUUUGACUAAAAUAUAUUUUAUUCAUGGACAGUAUAAACAUGUAUCAACGGUUAUUAUCUGACUAUUCCUGUUGAAAAUGCUUGUGGAUGGUGAGGAUAGAACCUGACUCUGCAAAAUAUGCUACCUGGGCUCAUGAAUUUAAAUAGCUUGACCACAUUGUGUCUGUACCUUUUGAAUGAAAAAUAUGAUAAUAGAAAAUUGCCAGAUAAAAAAGGGGAAGUCUUGUAAUGAAGCACACAUUAGAAAAGCAGAAUGCAGCAAAUAACCUGGCAUUUACUAUAAUGUCCUGACUGGUUCUCAAUUUAGGUGUUAAUUUAUGACUGAUUUGCAUGACUAGUGCAUAAUUGUGCCCAUUUAAUUUUUCCUUGCUCAAACAAAAUAUACCAAUGAGUAAGUUGUAAAGAGGAGGUAUGAGUUAGUGAUAUUCUAAUGAUGAACCUAUUCCUGCAUAUUACUGUCAUAAUGUUAAUUUUGCAAUUUUUUAAUUAAAACUUUUAAUCAAUAUUUUUGACUUGGAAGACAAUAGAUUUCUAACUUACCACAAUGUGCUUGGGAAGUUAUAUGUGAUGGUAUUUCUGCCAGUCAGUCAGUGAUAUUGAAAAUAGACUUUGUGGGGAGGGAUUAAAAGGCCAACACCAACAGUGAGAUAUUUGGCACAUGUGCUUCUGUAAACCAUGGUUUUAAAAUACAGCUAACACUUUACUAUAUUGAGAAUCCCUGAGAUUUUACAACACAGCAACUAACGUCCAAGAUUAGUUAACUGCGGCCAAAAAAUCCAAAACUACAGCAAUUCAAGAUAUGUUUUAAAAGCCCAGUAAACCCAUUUUGUCCGUUUUUGAACUGAUGCAUUGCUAUUGUAAAUACCUAUUGUCAAUGAUGCCUGAUGUUCAUGAAAAGUUAUGAUUUAUUGAGAACUUGCAGAUGUUUACUGUUGGUAUCCUGCAAUUGGUGAACACUAUGUGUAAAUACUAUAAACUAUGUAUUAAAGUGAAUGUACAGUGGUGUUGUCAGUUAUAUUGUUUGGAUUAAAACUGAUUCAGGAUCAGAA